AUGGACCACUCCGUCUUCUUAGUCGCAGCCGACGCCGCCCUCACUACCAAGCUCGCGACCUUGCUGCCCAUCCUCGAUGCCUUCAACCACCGCCAUCGCAACCAGCACAGCGCCUCACACUGGUGGUCUGCCUUUACAUUGCUCCGUCGCGGCGCGCGCUCUCUUGCGGCGGACCUGCGCCGGCACCAGGCGCUGAGUCGGCUGCAAACCGACAGCAGCAAUAAGAGCACCGCCGCUAAGACCAAGUCCAAGACUGCCAAGAAGCAGCUCCUCGCUCGCGUCACUCUUCUCCGUGACCACACUGUCCCCAAAGCGUACCUCUGCUUUUCUCAACUCAUCGCCGAUAACCAACAUGCCACCCUGGGACUUUUGCUCAUGAGUGCCCUCGCGAGCGUCAACUCCACCCUCACUUCUAUAUCGCCGCCGCCGCAAGAGCCCGCUCUUCGUCCCUCGGCCGCGAGCUCCCCAUUGCCGGACACGCACCCGACAGACUCGAAGUCCAAACAUAAACAGUCCCAAUUAGGCCACGAUUCCAACAUAGACAGAGGCGUGGCCGUCUCGAGAGACCGCAUUACUGGCGUCGUGUCCAAAUCAUCCAAGCCGUUCAAGCCACCUCCCAACGAGGAUGCAGCAGCAAAGGACAAGCACAGGAACCCCGUCGUGCCCAGCAUAAAGCAAUCAGACGAUAGACCGAACAAGAAGAAAGCGAAGAAGAAGAAGGGCAAAGGCGAUGAGCUGUCAAAUCUAUUCGGAUCGUUGUGA